AUGACAAAGGAUGCUGCCAGAAAGCGGGCAGCUGCCGUGGCUGCCGGUGUGGCAGCUGUGCCCUUGGCACAGGAGCUGUUGGCCUUCAGUUCCACUUCAAACCUGGCACCGCGAACGCAGGCACAGCAUAGCUCCGUGCCUGGCAAGCCAGCAAGCCGAACGCCACUCCCAAGCGCAGCUGGAGCAGCCACGCUCACAGGGUUGGCUGCAAUGCUUGGCCAUGGCGUGAAGAAGCGGAGCGGACCCACAAAAAACACCAGCAGCGUGACCGUGUGUAUGAGCCAGUCUUCGUCAGCCGUCUUGGAGAAGGGUUCCACGGAGGCCGUUGACCCAGAGAAUGUUUUGAAGCAGUACAUCACGGACCUGGGUGGGAAGCGCGUCUUGCGAAAGUGGCUCAUUGCAAACAACGGCAUGGCUGCCACGAAGGCUAUCCUUUCUCUACGCCAGUGGGCGUACUUAGAGCUCGGCUUGGACGACGCCUUCGAGUUCGUUGUCAUGGCAACGCCAGAGGAUCUAGAGGCAAAUGCCGAGUUCAUUCGGCUGGCCAAUACCUACAUUGAAGUACCAGGAGGGAAGAAUGUCAACAACUAUGCCAAUGUCGACUUGAUCGUCGAGAUUGCAAAGUCGCAGGGCGUGGAUGCAGUCUGGCCCGGUUGGGGCCAUGCCUCCGAGAAUCCCGAGCUCCCAUCGCAGCUGAAGGCGUUGGGCAUCACUUUUGUCGGGCCCACCUCCCCCGUCAUGUCCGUGCUCGGAGACAAGAUUGCGGCCAACAUCCUGGCGCAGACGGCCGGCGUCCCAUCCAUCCCCUGGAGCGGUGACGGCCUGCAAGCCGACCUAGGCCCGGAUGGCACCAUCCCAAAAGAGAUCUUUGACAAAGGUACGGUCUCGACGCUUGAGGAGGCCAAGAAGGCGGUGAAGCACAUUGGGUUCCCGGUGAUGAUCAAGGCAUCAGAGGGAGGCGGAGGCAAAGGCAUCCGCAUGGUGCAGGAGGAGAAGGACCUUGAGAGUAGCUUCUUUCAGGUUCAGAACGAAGUGCCGGGAUCUCCGAUCUUCAUGAUGCAGCUGUGCCAAGGGGCCCGGCACAUUGAGGUUCAGAUCAUGGGAGACGAGCAUGGGAAUGCAGUUGCCCUGAACGGCCGCGACUGCUCCACUCAGCGGCGCUUCCAGAAGAUUUUCGAGGAAGGGCCACCAGUCGUCGUCCCCAGGGAGACUUUCUUGGAGAUGGAGAGGGCAGCCCAGCGCCUCACCCAGAACAUUGGCUACAUUGGUGCGGGAACAGUGGAGUAUCUCUACAACUCCAAGGAGAACAAGUUCUACUUCCUUGAGCUCAAUCCGCGCCUCCAAGUCGAGCAUCCUGUGACGGAGGAGCUGACACGCGUCAACCUGCCAGCCACGCAGAUGCUCGUUUGCAGCGGCGUUCCCUUGGAGAAAGUUCCUCAGAUCCGACGAUUCUACGGCAAGAGCGAGUCGGACAAGACCUCUCCAAUCAACUUCUUGGAAGACCUGUACGUGUACCCGGACAGGCAUGUCCUUGCGUCUCGAAUCACCGCUGAGAAUCCCGACGACGGCUUCAAGCCCACAAGUGGCAAAAUCGAGCGCAUCAAAUUCCAGAGUUCUGUUUCAUGCUGGGGCUACUUCAGCAUUGGCGCCAAGGGAGGCAUCCACGAAUACGCCGACUCACAGUUUGGCCAUAUCUUUGCACACGGGGCAAACCGCGAAGAGGCUCGCAAGGCCUUGAUGCUCUCCUUGAAGAAUAUCGAGGUGGUUGGGGAGAUUCGCAAUCCGGUGGAGUACCUGGUGGAGCUUCUUCAGCAGGAGGAUUUCGUGGAGAACAAGAUCGACACUUCCUGGCUGGAUGGCUUGAUCAAGGAGAAGUCCGUGACCUUGAGAUACAACAUCUCCGACGUGGUCUUCUAUGCCGCCGUCUUCAGGGCUGUCCAAAACUUGAAGACCUUCGAUGAAGAAGUCGAAGCCGCGUUGGCCAAGAGCCAGCUAGGACCUUUGAGAGACAUGGCGAAGAUGAACACCUUCCCCGUGGACAUCACAUUCGAGGGUGUGCGGUACCAGUUCUCCGUAUCCCGCUUGGGGCCUUCGCUGCUGGAGCUGUGCAUUCAAGAUCAGAAGUUCAUGGCUCAAGUUAUGGCGCAGCCUGAUGGAACCUUUCUAGUGUCAGUGGGCAAGACCGUCAUGCGCGUGAUGGGCUCCGACGAGGCUCUGGGACUUCGACUCCGUUUGGACGGCAUCGGCACGAUCAUGCUGCCGACCGUCUAUGAUCCAUCUGAGCUUCGAUCUGAGUUCAACGGCAAGAUCGUGAGAUACCUGCAAGAUGAUGGUGGAAUGGUUCAGGAGGGGGAGCCUUAUGUAGAACUUGAGGCGAUGAAGAUGAUCAUGCCGAUCAAGGCAACCGCCACGGGCAAGGUCAGUCAUGUACGAGGAGCUGGCAGCAUUGUGUCCGCGGGCGAGCUGCUGGGCAAUUUGGAGCUUUCUGACCCUUCCAAGGUGAAGAAAAUUGUCCCCUUUGACGGCACCUUUGCCAUUUCGGCAGACGGCAACGGAAAGGACCGCAGUUUGCAAAGCCAGCUCGAGAUGGUGCUGGACGGCUUCACUUCGCAAGAGGAGCCAGCAUUCAUGGCCCAGAAGAUGUUUUCUCAGCUUCCCGAGGCUGAGUGCGAUGACGUUGCGUCGGCUCUGGUGGAGCGCUACUUGGCAGUCGAAGAGAAGUUCUCGCCGCUCAUCAAAGAGAAGCUGACGAACGAUCAGAUCUACGCCAAUCUCAUUGCUGAGAACAAGGACAACUUGUCGGCGGUUGCCUCCUUAGCGCUGGCACAUAGCCAGCUGGGCACCCGCAGUGAAGUGGUUCUUGCCGCGCUUCGGAGCUUGCGCAAGCUGAGCCCCUCUGUGAAUCUGAUGCAGAAGAUCGGACGUCUGGCAAAUCUUGCCAACACAGGUGGCUACGGCGAGGUGGUGCUCGUGUCGGAGACAACAAUGGCGUUGCUGAGCUCCGAGCCGUUUGAGGAUCGCAGCGCAGCUCUACGAACUAUUUUGGACACGGACGAGCCGGAGCUCCAGCCCAUCUCAGGCAUGCCAGCGAGCAAGGCCGGUGCAGAGCUGCUGUCAGAUUUGUUGCUGGACGAAUCAUCGUUGGUCCGAACCAAUGCGCUUGAUGCCUUGAUGAGACGUUUGUACCGCUCCUUCCUCAUCAAGGACGUGAAAAUCACCGAUCAGGGGGCUGGAAAUAUGCGAUGCAACUUCAAGUUUCAGUUUCCCGGCACCGCAGAUGCCGACGCCUUUCGUGAGGCUCACGUCAAGGUGGUCACCGACUUCGACGCGGCGCGUGAGGCGUUGAAGGAGGACAUCCCCAUGGACGACGCCAGCGACAACCUGAAUACCAUGAAGGUCAUUGUCACGUCGCCUGGCGAUACCGACUUUGAGGAUAUGAGCACCGAAAUGGAGGGGCUUCUCAAGUCGAACGCCAACCUGGAAUCUGCUGGCAUCCGCGAGGUUGGCUUGGUUGUUUCCAAUGUGCCGCACGCUUUGCGCUAUGCCUCGUUCAUGCGCAGCGAUGGCUGGAAAGAGAACCUGGCCACCCGCGACAUGAAGCCGUCGCUGCCGAACGUCCUAGAAGUCUACCGCCUGGCAGAAGACUACAAGUUGGAGAAGGUGAUGCCUCCAGUCGGCCGCAACUCACAGGUGUACAUUGGCUCUCCAAUCGAUGCGGUGCCUUCGAAGACGAAUCCGUCCACAAUCUUCGCACGCAUGAUCAAGCACUCGAUGAAGGACUUUCCAGACAAUGAGAAGGCGUGGACGGAUUCCCUGGAGAACCUCCUGCUCAAUGCCGUGGACGAGGUGGAGCGUGCCCGGCUGAACCCCAAAAUUGGAUAUGGGCCUAACAGCAACAUCUUCGCCCACAUCGUGGCCAACGUCGAUGUCGAGCCCUCGGAGGCCUAUGCCGAGCUAGAAUCCUUCCUCAACCUUUUCGUUGCCAGACACCAAAGCCGGCUGGGCAAGAUGAAAGUGGAUGAGGUUGUGGUCAAGAUUGGCAUUGGCAGCGAGAUGAACCGCACUCAGACAUUGCGUUUGACCGCGAGUUCUCUGACAGGUGAGUACUUGCGAACAAGCGGCGCGCUUGAAACCUACGAUGUCAUCACAGGGUCCCCUACCGAAUGGUUCGACAUCAGGAGCGGAGCGAAGACCCAGCUGACCUCUGCGAAAGCCAAGAGCCGCUUGCAGCAGCGGCGCUCGCUCGCCAGAAAUGCUGGCUCGACCUACGCCCCGGACUUCCUGGGCAUGCUGAAGAUCGAGCUGAUCAAGAAGUGGAACACCUACGAGGAGUGUGGCGGCUCUCGGAAGAUGCCCGGCACCAUCUUCCGAAGCACCGAGCUGGUGCUCGGCGACAAUGGCGUUCUGAAAGAGGUGGACCGGGAGCCUGGCCAGCACAACAUCGGCAUGAUCGCCUGGUGCUGCACGCUCCAGAGCCCCGAGUACCCGGAAGGCCGUGAAAUCGUUCUCAUCGCGAAUGACGUGACCCACAAGGCUGGAUCCUUCGGCGUGGACGAGGAUGAGCUCUUCCAGAAGGCUUCUGAGUAUGCCCGCCAGCGAGGCCUUCCACGCAUCCACAUCGCAUGCAACAGUGGUGCGCGAGUGGGUCUGGCGGAGGAGCUGAAGCCUUUCGUGAAGGCCAAGUGGACCGACGAUGAUCCUUCCAAGGGCUUCGAUUACUUGUAUCUCGAGGAGAAAGAUGCUGCCAGCCUGCCAGAAGGCGCAGUAGACACACAUACGGUCACAGUGGCUGGCCAGAAGCACUACGUCAUCGACUCCAUCAUCGGAGAGGGCUUGAAAUCCACGCAGGGAGGUAUUGGAGUCGAGAACUUGAGAGGAAGUGGCCUCAUAGCAGGAGAGACGUCUAAGGCCUACAACGAAGUGUUCACGCUGUCCUAUGUCACGGGGCGCUCCGUAGGCAUCGGUGCUUAUUUGAACAGGCUUGGGCAGCGGGUGAUCCAGAUGGUGAAUGGACCAAUGAUUCUCACAGGAUUCUCCGCCUUGAACAAGCUCCUGGGUAAGAACGUGUACACUUCUCAAGAUCAGCUCGGCGGGCCCCAAGUCAUGGUUCCCAAUGGCGUGACACACCAGGUCGUGUCGGAUGACACAGAAGGAGUCGCAGCCAUUCUGGACUGGUUGUCCUUUGUGCCCAAAGUGGCCUCGGACAACCCGCCGCUCCUGGACCCUCUGGACCCGAUCUCCCGUGAUGUCACCUUUGUUCCUUCAAAGACGCCCUAUGACCCACGACACAUGCUAGAAGGUGCGACCAUAGAUGGCAAGAAGCUCACGGGCUUCUUUGAUCGGAAUACCUUUAAGGAGUACUUGGCCGGCUGGGGACGAAGCGUGAUUGUGGGCAGGGCCAAGCUCGGUGGAAUUCCCAUGGGCGUGAUUGCUGUGGAGACACGUAACAUGGACCGGAGGAUCCCGGCAGACCCUGCGAACCCCGCAAGCCAGGAGGUGGUGGAGCCGCAGGCGGGCCAGGUGUGGUUUCCGGACAGCGCCUUCAAGACCGCGACGGCCAUCCGGGACUUCAACCGAGGGGAGAACCUCCCUCUGAUCAUCUUUGCGAACUGGCGUGGCUUCUCGGGCGGCACCCGCGACAUGUACCAGGAGGUGCUCAAGUUCGGGGCGCAGAUCGUCGAUGCCCUCGUGGAGUACAAGAGCCCUGUGUUUGUCUACAUUCCUCCCGGGGGAGAGCUGCGUGGCGGGUCGUGGGUCGUGAUCGAUCCUACCAUCAACCCGGAGCAGAUGGAGAUGUAUGCCGAUGUUGAUUCGCGAGGGGGCAUUCUGGAGCCCCCCGGUAUCGUGGAGGUCAAGUUCCGCGCCAUGCAGCAAAAGGAGAUGAUGCAUCGACUAGAUCCUGAGUUGAAGAAGUACGAUGCACUGCUUGAGGAGUCCUCCUCCUCGGAGGUUGGGAGCGCAGCGCAAGACAUCGAGGCGCAGAUCAAGGCCCGCGAGGAGAAGCUCAAGCCUCUCUACACUCAAAUCGCUUGUGAGUUUGCAGACCUGCACGAUCGUACCGGGCGCAUGGAAGCCAAAGGCGUCAUUCGCAAGGGACUGGAGUGGAGGCGCUCUCGGGAGUUCUUCUACUGGAGGGUCCGAUGCCGAUUGCUGCUCAAGGAAGUGGAACAUAGCAUUCGCGAAGCUGAUGCGGCGUUAUCCUCCAAGGCUGCACAAGAACUUUUGUCGUCCUGGCUUUCCGAGGCUGGCGCGGAUGCCGACGAUGAGAAAGCCGUGGCGAUCUUGGAGGGCAACCCCUUUGCCUCUCAGCCGCACGGCAAGAUCCAGUGUUUCCGGGAUACUCGGAGCCAAAGGCAGCGCUGGAUUGUGCCAGGCUUUGAUGGAGAAGCUUCCGGAAAGCGAGCGGAGCUCUCUCUCGUGAAGAAGCAACCGCGGCACUUCAUUCUCAUCGUGCUCAGCCUGCCAUUGUUGUGUAGGUCAGUACGCCGCUGCGGCCUGACGCAGGCUCGGCUACUUGUGGCGGAAUCCGAGGAUGUGUGGGCGGGAGACAAGUGGGCAGCCGUAGGCAGAGGCCUGAUCUUGUAUGUAUCCUUCUCCAAAGGCAUCGCUUCAGAGGCGGGCGCUGACAGUGAAGUGGCAGCGCGCUGUUUGCAGCAAGCAGCAAAGUCGUUGUUGACGGCUCCACUCUCGUCAUCAGGACAGUGGCAAAGCGACCACGGUGAUGCCGAGUCCGUUGUAAAGCUAUGCUCCCGGGGUGAGGCACAAAGCCUGCUGAUCGUCCCGCAAGCUUCUUUGGUCUGCAAGUUGGAGCUGGGAGACAGGAACCUCAAGUAUCACCAGCAAUGCCAGCGGGAAACCGCUGCGACUUUGUUCCGGGCUUUUGCAGAGGCUCUCCGGGUGGCUGCCCGUGAGUUGCUGUGCGUGACCCCUCUGAAGCGGCACCAGGAGACCUAUGAGGUCCUUGCUGCAAAGAGAGCGCAGGCCGCGCUAGUGCCUCCGGAGCAGCUUUUCAAGCAAGGCGACUACGAAGGAAAGUACUCCCGCUACGACGAAAGGGGUGUCCCGACUCAUGGGGAGGAUGGGUGCGAGCUCCCAAAGAGCGCGAUCAAGAAGCUGGUCAAGCUGUAUGAGGUGCAAGUCAAGAAGUACAGCAAAGCCACGGCAGCGGACGCCCCAGGUGUCCCGGAAACCGCCGGAAAGAAGGCCGACCUGGAGGCAUCGCCGAAGACCGGCGCUGAAGAGCAGGCCCCGGUGUUGCCGGAGGGCAGCUGCCUGCCCGACGUGGUGUGCGGAACUUUCGGAGGCCGCCAAGGUCUUGAGUUGAUCUCCUCAGGGCCGUUGACACAUUCCUUCGUCUUCUGA